UGCUCAGAUUCACUCUAAAGUUAACCUCCUAACUGUAUAUGAAUUAAACAACCAGAGAAUGAGGACGGUGCAGCUUUUACUCUUGUGUCUGCUGGUGUGUCAGACUACAGAGAGUUUAACUGAUAAACUGGUGAAUUUAGGGGCAAACGUGACUUUAGACUGUCCGAUUGAUGUAAAAGACAUUUAUUGGGUUUUCCAGAAACUGACAGACUCUCCUCUGCUGAUACUGCGAACUUUCACAACACAAUCUAAAACAGACAAAAGGCUAAGAAACAAAUAUUCAUCACUUACUUUUAGCCGAUUAUUUAUAAUGAACGUAACUAUGAAUGAAUUAGGAAUAUAUUAUUGUGUAAAACCAGACAAAACUCUACAGAUCAGCAAUGGCACCAGACUUUACAUCACUGAAGUGUCUCAAGAUGACAGCAGUAAUACCACACUGCCCAUCACUGAAUCUCUUCGAAGUCACAAUCCACCACAAGAUCAGAUUCCCAUCAUUAUUUUAAGUCUGUUGACUGUUGCGCUGUUUGCUGCAGUGAUAGGUUUAUUAAUGAUGAACCAUAAACUGUCUAAGGAAAUUCCUAAAUAUGCCAAUUUUCAUCAGAUUUCUACAAUGAAGUUUGGUGAGAGUAACAGAGGAAAAACAGAUACUGUAUAUCUAGAGGUGCUGCCAAAUAUCUAGAGGUCCUGUGUGAAACAGUGAUUUGUUGCUGUUUGCUUCAAAUGAGCAGAAUUAUGCACUUUUCCUAAACAUGUAAUGAAAUUACUUGACCUUGUCUGUUCAUAAUAAAACAUGACUUAAAUAUGUCUGCAAUGAAAAUGUCCAUCAAGUUUUAUAAUAACGUUUGCUUUUGAAUAAUAUACUCUGUAAUGUUUUUGAUUGUUUUUUAUGUCUUUCUGAGUUGCUAAAAUCUGAUUAUAUUGGGAUGCAGUAACAGUAAUGAGUUUAUUCGCUCUCCUGUUUGAUCAUGUGACAGUGGAUGUAAUAUGUGAAUGUAACAAACACACAGCUUUUCAUUUCACAAGACAUUAACUGAUGGACUGG